GGGAUGGUAUUUACACAAUCACUAAUUCAGAAGAAUUAAAACAAUUCCUUGAUGCUAAUCAUCAUUACCAAAAAUUUAUUGUACAAUCUUUUGUUGAAAGUGCAUUAUGGUCUAAAGAAUUAUGCCCUGGAAAAUUCUACCAUAUUGGUACUAUGCCAAAUUGUCAUAAUCAAACUUUUGUUAUUGACUUGAGAAUAAUGGUGACUACCGAUGAGACAGGAUUUCAUCCUAUGACUAUUGUUUCACGACGUGCUC